AGGUUACGCUUAUAACUUCGAGUAAACUACAAAACAGGUUGUGCACGCUUUCCAACAUCACGCUAUAUAGACUACGAAUGUCAAUCUAAUUAUUUAGAUAAAUUAAGUAAACUCAGAAAUGUGGAACCGCUCGCAAUUUAAAUUGACGCACUCAGAUGAGCCGGAUGAUGGCAGAUGUUAAGGCUUACUUCGACUACGUCUUACCAUUGGUGAGGGAAGCUGGUCAGGUUUUGUUGAGCACGCAGUCUCAGAAAAUUGAAUUCGAAGCGAAAACUCCGUGGGAUUUGGUAACCGAAUAUGAUGAAUUGGUAGAAAAGAAUCUCGUUGCAAAAAUCAAAGCAAAAUAUCCCUGUCACAAGUUCAUAGGGGAAGAACAUUCCAGUAAAAUAAAAGGCAAACCGACACUAUCAGACGAUCCUACGUGGAUUAUAGAUCCGAUCGAUGGUACUACCAACUUUACGAGAAAAAUUCCUUUGGUCGCGAUAUCAGUCGGCCUGACCAUCAAGAAGCAACAGCUCCUCGGCAUCGUGUGCAAUCCCUUUUCUAACGAGGUCUAUACGGCUAUCAAAGGAGAAGGGGCAUAUUUGAAUGGUGCUAAAAUAAUGACCAGUGGAGUGGAAGACAUUCGUAGAUCCGUAUUUUGUUACGAACUGUCGCUGGCGUCGACUAAUAAGUACUUGCACGAUUUGUACAUGACCAGGGUGAAACAUUUGAUCUGUGAAGUUAUGGGGAUUCGUGCACUCGGAGCCCCCGUGCUGAGUCUUUGCUAUGUAGCCUCUGGAAAACUCGAUGCAUAUCAGUGCGACGGACUGUAUCCUUGGGAUGCCGCCGCUGGUACUUUGAUAGUCAGGGAAGCCGGGGGUUAUGUUACGGAUUCCUCUGGAAAAGAAUUUGACUUGAUGGAGCCCAAUUUUUUAGCCGCCUCUACCAAAAAGCUGAGCGACAAAUUUAUGGAAAUCGAAAGAAGAGCCGACGAAGAAAUCAGAACUAUUCCCGCUACUGAAAAAGUGCACUAAAAUGGAAUAUAAAUCGAAACAAACGUUUUUUUCGUGAUUUAUUUUUAUUUUUGUUAAAGAGAGGAAUCAUUUUGUAUUUUUUAUUAUUUCUUACAAAGAUUACAAAACUUCUCAAAAGUAGAAUUCUCAAACUAUAAUUUUAUAAACAUUAAUUAAAAUUUGUGUUUUCGUCAAGUAAGAAUAAACAUCUCAAUCAUCACAA